GUUACCUAGGGUAUGAAAUAAUACAGACUUGGAAACUCUGAAAGAACUUAGAAUCAGCAAUUUGAGAGCAGAAGCUUGGGUAAGCUGUGAUUUCCCAGUCAGCUGCCGUCACAAUGUCAACAUGCCGUUCCGACAACAGCUACACAGAGGUCGCCAACAUUAAAACGUGAGCUGUGCUAGAACAGAAUUGCAAUGAAAGAAACACUGGACGAAUGAAAAGCCUUGCUUUGCAACCCCUCAGCAUGGCAGGUCUGCAGCUGAUGACUCCUGCUUCCUCCCCAAUGGGCCCUUUCUUUGGGCUGCCAUGGCAACAAGAAGCAAUCCAUGAUAACAUUUACACGCCGAGAAAAUAUCAGGUCGAGCUGCUGGAAGCAGCUUUGGAUCACAAUACCAUCGUCUGUUUAAACACCGGCUCAGGGAAGAUGUUUAUUGCAGUACUACUCACGAAAGAGCUGUCCCACCAGAUCAGAGAAGACUUCCCCCACAAUGGGAAAAGGACAGUCUUCUUGGUCAACUCUGCAAACCAGGCUGCUCAGCAAGUGUCAGCUGUCAGAACUCAUUCAGAUCUCAAGGUUGGGGAGUACUCAGACCUAGAAGUAAUGGCUUCUUGGACAAGAGAGAAAUGGAACCAAGAAUUUGCUAAACACCAGGUUCUGGUUAUGACCUGCUAUGUCGCCUUGAAUGUUUUGAAAAGUGGUUACUUAUCACUGUCCGAUCUUAAUCUUUUGGUGUUUGAUGAGUGCCAUCUUGCAAUCCUAGACCACCCCUAUCGAGAGAUUAUGAAGCUCUGUGAGAAUUCUCCGUCAUGCCCGCGCAUUUUGGGACUGACUGCUUCCAUUUUAAAUGGGAAAUGUGAUCCAGAGGAAUUGGAAGAAAAGAUUCAGAAACUGGAGAAAAUUCUUAAGAGCAAUGCUGAAACAGCAACUGACUUGGUGGUCUUAGACAGAUACGCAUGUCAGCCCUGUGAGAUUGUGGUGGACUGCGGGCCGUUCCAUGACAGGAGCGGGCUGUAUGAAAGACUGCUGCUGGAAUUGGAGGAAGCACUUCAUUUUGUCAAUGACUGUAACAUUUCUGUACAUUCAAAAGAAAGAGACCCCACUUUCAUUUCUAAACAGAUACUGACAGACUGCCGUGCGGUCUUGGUCGUCCUGGGCCCCUGGUGUGCAGACAAAGUUGCUGGGAUAAUGGUCAGGGAACUGCAGAAACACAUCAAGCAUGAGCAAGAGGGGCUGCACAGGAAAUUCCUACUGUUCACAGACACGUUCCUAAGGAAAAUCCACGCCCUGUGUGAAGAGCACUUCUCUCCUGCCUCCCUUGACCUGAGAUUCGUAACCCCCAAAGUCAUCAAACUGCUGGAGAUCCUGCGCAAAUACAAGCCUUACGAGCGGCAGCAGUUUGAAAGCGUUGAGUGGUAUAAUAAUAGGAACCAGGAUAAUUACGUGUCCUGGAGUGAUUCUGAGGAUGACGAUGAGGAUGAAGAAAUUGAAGAAAAAGAGAAGCCAGAGACAAAUUUUCCUUCUCCGUUUACCAAUAUUUUAUGUGGAAUUAUUUUUGUGGAGAGAAGAUACACAGCGGUUAUCUUAAACAGAUUGAUAAAGGAAGCUGGCAAGCAGGAUCCAGAGCUGGCUUACAUCAGCAGCAAUUUCAUAACGGGACACGGCAUUGGGAAGAACCAGCCUCGUAACAAGCAGAUGGAAGCAGAAUUCAGAAAACAGGAAGAGGUACUUAGGAAAUUUCGAGCACAUGAAACUAACCUGCUUAUUGCAACCAGUAUUGUAGAAGAGGGUGUCGAUAUACCGAAAUGCAACCUGGUAGUUCGUUUUGAUUUGCCCACAGAAUAUCGAUCCUAUGUUCAAUCUAAGGGAAGAGCAAGGGCCCCAAUCUCCAAUUACAUCAUGCUAGCAGAUACGGACAAAAUAAAGACUUUUGAAGAAGAUCUGAAAACCUACAAAGCUAUUGAAAAGAUCUUGAGAAACAAAUGCUCCAAGUCAGUUGAUGCUGGUGAGAGUGAUGUUGAGCCCAUUGUGGAUGACGAUGAUGUUUUCCCACCGUAUGUGUUAAGGGCCGAUGACGGUGGUCCGAGAGUCACGAUCAAUACGGCCAUUGGACACAUCAAUAGAUACUGUGCUAGAUUACCAAGUGAUCCGUUUACUCACCUGGCUCCUAAAUGCAGAACCCAAGAGCUGCCUGAUGAGACCUUUUUUUCAACUCUUUAUCUGCCAAUUAACUCACCUCUCCGCGCCUCCAUUGUUGGCCCUCCUAUGAGCUGUGUGCGAUUGGCCGAAAAAGUUGUAGCUCUGAUCUGCUGUGAAAAGCUGCACAAAAUAGGCGAGCUGGAUGACCAUUUGAUGCCAGUGGGGAAAGAGACUGUUAAAUAUGAAGAAGAACUUGAUUUACACGAUGAAGAAGAAACCAGUGUUCCGGGAAGACCGGGUUCCACAAAACGAAGACAGUGCUACCCAAAGGCUAUCCCAGAAUGUUUGAGGGAUAGCUACCCCAAACCCGACCAGCCCUGCUACCUGUAUGUGAUCGGCAUGGUUCUAACCACCCCUUUGCCCGAUGAGCUCAACUUUCGAAGGCGGAAGCUCUACCCUCCCGAGGAUUCCACCAGAUGCUUUGGAAUAUUGACAGCCAAACCCAUACCUCAGAUCCCGCACUUCCCUGUGUACACGCGUUCUGGAGAAGUGACCAUAUCUAUUGAGCUCAAGAAGUCUGGCUUCACGUUGUCCCUACAAAUGCUGGAGUUGAUUACAAGGCUUCACCAGUAUAUAUUCUCGCACAUUCUUCGGCUUGAGAAACCUGCACUAGAAUUUAAACCUACAGACGCUGACUCAGCAUACUGCGUUCUACCUCUUAAUGUUGUGAGUGACUCCAGCACAUUGGAUAUUGACUUUCAGUUCAUGGAGGAGAUCGAGAAAUCUGAAGCUCGCAUAGGCAUCCCCAGCACAAAGUAUUCAAAGGAAACACCCUUUGUUUUUAAAUUAGAAGAUUACCAGGAUGCAGUUAUCAUUCCAAGAUACCGCAAUUUUGACCAGCCUCAUCGAUUUUAUGUGGCUGACGUGUACACCGAUCUUACCCCACUCAGCAAAUUUCCUUCUCCCGAGUAUGAAACAUUUGCAGAAUAUUAUAAAACAAAGUACAACCUCGAUCUGACUAAUCUCAACCAGCCGCUGCUGGAUGUGGACCACACAUCCUCCAGACUGAAUCUGCUGACACCUCGCCAUUUGAAUCAGAAGGGGAAGGCUCUCCCUCUGAGCAGUGCUGAAAAGCGGAAAGCCAAAUGGGAAAGUCUGCAGAAUAAACAGAUCCUGGUUCCCGAGCUCUGUGCUAUCCACCCAAUCCCAGCAUCCCUGUGGAGGAAAGCAGUGUGUCUGCCCAGCAUACUUUACCGCCUUCACUGCCUUCUCACCGCAGAGGAGCUCAGAGCCCAAACGGCCAGCGAUGCCGGUGUGGGCGUCAGAUCCCUUCCUGCGGAUUUUAGAUACCCUAACUUAGACUUCGGGUGGAAAAAAUCUAUCGACAGCAAAUCUUUCAUCUCAAUUUCUAACUCCUCUUCCGCCGAACACGACAAUUACUGUAAGCACAGCACAAUGGUAGUCCCUGAAAAUGCUGCACAUCAAGGUGCUAAUAGGAACCCCUCUCUAGAGAAUCAUGACCAAAUGUCUGUGACCUGCAGAGCGCUACUCAGCGAGCCACCUGGUAAGCUCCCCACUGACGUUUCCACAGAUCUUAAAGCAAUUAACGGUCUUUCAUACAAUAAAAACCUUGCCAACGGCAGUUACGAUUUAGCUAACAGAGACUUUUGCCAAGGAAAUCAGCUGGAUUACUACAAGCAGGAAAUACCUGUACAACCAACUACCUCAUAUCCCAUUCAGAGUUUAUACAAUUAUGCGAACCAGCCCAAGCCCCGCGAUGAAUGUACUCUACUGAGUAAGAAAUACCUUGAUGGAAAUGCUAACAAAUCUACCUCAGACGGAAGCCCCACAACGGCCAUGGUGCCCGAUGGGGUUCGAAAGGGCAGGAUGGAUUCGGAGCAGGGCCCUCCGGUUGGGUAUUCCUCAAGUACUCUGGGGCCCAACCCUGGACUUAUCCUUCAGGCUCUGACCCUUUCGAAUGCUAGCGAUGGAUUUAACCUGGAGCGGCUUGAAAUGCUGGGUGACUCCUUCCUAAAGCACGCCAUCACCACGUACCUGUUCUGCACUUACCCCGAUGCUCACGAGGGCCGCCUUUCCUAUAUGAGAAGCAAAAAGGUCAGCAACUGUAAUCUGUACCGCCUUGGAAAAAAGAAGGGACUGCCCAGCCGCAUGGUGGUGUCAAUAUUCGAUCCCCCCGUGAAUUGGCUCCCCCCUGGUUAUAUAGUAAAUCAAGACAAAAGUAACGCAGACAAAUGGGAAAAAGAUGAAAUGACGAAAGGCUGCGUGCUGGCGAAUGGCAAGCUGGGCACUGACUAUGAGGAGGACGAGGAGGACGAGGGGGGUCUCAUGUGGAGGGCUCCCAAGGAGGAGGCCGACUAUGAAGAUGACUUCCUGGAGUACGAUCAGGAGCACAUCCGGUUCAUUGAUAACAUGCUCAUGGGCUCGGGAGCUUUUGUCAAGAAAAUCUCUCUCUCCCCCUUUACAACCUCCGAGUCUGCCUAUGAGUGGAAAACGCCCAAGAAAGCCCCUCUGGGUCACCUGCCGUUUUCCCCAGACUUUGAGGAUUUUGACUACAGCUCGUGGGACGCCAUGUGCUAUCUGGACCCCAGCAAAGCCGUGGAAGAAGACGACUUUGUGGUGGGCUUCUGGAACCCCUCGGAAGAGAACUGUGGCGUGGACACAGGCAAGCAGUCCAUCUCGUAUGACCUGCACACGGAGCAGUGCAUCGCCGACAAAAGCAUCGCGGACUGCGUGGAGGCCCUGCUGGGCUGCUACCUGACCAGCUGCGGGGAGCGGCCCGCGCAGCUCUUCCUCUGCUCCCUGGGGCUGAAGGUGCUCCCGCUGAUGAGGAGGGCCGAUGGGGGCAAGGCCUGGCCCUCCGCUCGGGAGGCUCCCAGCAGCCAACAGAAGAACCUUCCAGCGGCCGGCCCACGCCCCUCAGUGUGUAAAGACCUGGAGUACGGCUGCUUGAAGAUCCCACCCCGGUGUAUGUUCGAUCACCCUGAUGCAGAUAAGACCCUGAAUCACCUGAUAUCUGGUUUUGAAAACUUCGAAAAGAAGAUCAACUACAGCUUCAAGAAUAAGGCGUACCUCCUCCAGGCCUUCACCCACGCGUCCUACCACUACAACACCAUCACUGAUUGUUACCAGCGCCUGGAAUUCCUGGGAGAUGCCAUUUUGGACUACCUCAUAACCAAGCACCUUUAUGAAGACCCUCGACAGCACUCCCCAGGGGUCCUGACUGACCUACGCUCUGCGCUGGUCAACAACACCAUCUUUGCAUCGUUGGCGGUGAAGUAUGACUACCACAAGUACUUUAAAGCCGUGUCGCCCGAGCUCUUCCAGAUCAUCGAUGAUUUUGUGCAGUUUCAGCUGGAGAAGAACGAAAUGCAAGGAAUGGAUUCGGAGCUUCGGAGAUCUGAAGAGGACGAAGAGAAAGAAGAGGAUAUUGAGGUUCCCAAGGCCAUGGGGGACAUUUUUGAGUCUCUUGCUGGCGCCAUCUAUAUGGACAGUGGGAUGUCGCUGGAGGCGGUCUGGCGGGUGUACUACCCCAUGAUGCGUCCGCUCAUAGAAAAAUUCUCUGCAAAUGUGCCCCGUUCCCCUGUGAGAGAAUUGCUUGAGAUGGAACCAGAAACGGCUAAAUUUAGCCCGGCUGAGAGGACCUAUGAGAGCAAGGUCAGAGUCACAGUGGAAGUCGUAGGGAAGGGGAAGUUCAAAGGUGUCGGCCGAAGUUACAGAAUUGCCAAAUCUGCAGCAGCAAGAAGAGCCCUACGCAGCCUCAAAGCCAACCAGCCUCAGGUCCCCAACAGCUGA